GCAAGGGGCGGGCCCGGAUCCGGUCCUGCGGCUCCGGGGGCACCCUCGUCACGUGGCCGAGGCUCCUGUCAGCUGAUGCGGGAGUGUUUGAAGCUGGACCGGGAGGGCGCGACGCUGCAGUGACGGCCGCGGGCGCUCGGACCCCUGCUGCCCCGCCUCGCCCGCCGGUGUGCGGCCCUCCCCGCACAGACAUGGCGGCCCCCGGGGGCCGGUGCGGUUCAGAGACCGAGCGCCUCCUGACCCCCAGCCCUGGGUAUGGGACCCAGGCGGAAGCUUCGCCGGCCCCUCCAGAAGAGGAAGACCUCCGCCGCCGGCUCAAGUACUUCUUCAUGAGUCCGUGUGACAAAUUUCGGGCCAAGGGCCGCAAGCCCUUCAAGCUGAUGCUGCAGGUGGUGAAGAUCUUGGUGGUCACUGUGCAGCUCAUCCUGUUCGGGCUCAGCAACCAGCUGGCAGUGACAUUCAGGGAGGAGAACACUGUCGCCUUCCGGCACCUCUUCCUCCUGGGCUACUCAGAUGGGGCAGAUGACACCUUCGCGGCCUACACGCGGGAGCAGCUGUACCAGGCCAUCUUCUACGCUGUGGACCAGUACUUGCUGCUCCCCGAUGUGUCGCUGGGCCAGUAUGCCUAUGUGCCGGGUGGGGGCGGCCCCUGGGCCAAUGGCUCAGCUCUGGCCCUCUGCCAGCAGUACUACCACCGGGGCCACGUGGACCCAGCCAAUGACACUUUUGACAUUGACCCAAUGGUCGUCACUGACUGCAUCCGGGUGGACCCCCCUGAGAGACCCCUUGUGCCCCCCAGCGAUGACCUCUUUCUCUCGGAUGGCAGCACCAGUUACAAGAACCUCACGCUCAAAUUCCACAAGCUGAUCAACGUCACCAUCCACUUCCAGCUAAAGACCAUCAACCUCCAGAGCCUUAUCAACAAUGAGAUCCCAGACUGCUAUACCUUCCACGUCCUGAUCACAUUUGACAAUAAGGCCCACAGCGGGCGUAUCCCCAUCAGCCUGGAGACCCAGGCCCACAUCCAGGAGUGUAAGCACCCCAGUGUCUUCGGGCAUGGAGACAACAGCUUCCGGCUCCUGUUUGAUGUGGUCGUGAUCCUCACCUGCUCCUUCUCCUUCCUGCUGUGUGCCCGCUCCCUGCUCCGUGGCUUCCUGCUACAGAACGAGUUUGUCAGGUUCAUGUGGCGGCAGCGGGGACAGGUCAUCAACCCGUGGGACCGGCUGGAAUUUGUCAAUGGCUGGUACAUCCUGCUGGUCACCAGCGACGUGCUCACCAUCUCGGGCACUAUCAUGAAGAUAGGCAUUGAAGCCAAGAACCUGGCAAGCUAUGAUGUCUGUAGCAUCCUCCUGGGCACCUCAACGCUGCUUGUCUGGGUCGGCGUCAUCCGCUACCUGACCUUCUUCCAUAAGUACAAUAUCCUCAUUGCCACGCUGCGGGUGGCCCUGCCCAGUGUCAUGCGCUUCUGCUGCUGUGUGGCUGUCAUCUACCUGGGCUAUUGCUUCUGUGGCUGGAUUGUGUUGGGGCCCUAUCAUAUGAAGUUCCGCUCGCUGUCCAUGGUGUCAGAGUGCCUAUUCUCGCUCAUCAACGGGGACGACAUGUUUGUGACGUUCGCCGCGAUGCAGGCUCAGCAAGGCCGCAGCAGCCUCGUCUGGCUCUUCUCCCAGCUCUACCUCUACUCCUUCAUCAGCCUCUUCAUCUACAUGGUGCUGAGCCUCUUCAUCGCGCUCAUCACCGGCGCCUACGACACCAUCAAGCACCCGGGCGGUGCCGGUACAAAGCAGAGCGAGCUCCAGGCCUACAUCGCUCAGUGCCAGGACAGCCCCACCUCCGGCAAGUUCCGCCGUGGGAGCGGCUCGGCCUGCAGCCUCCUGUGCUGCUGCGGCAGGCAAGCCUCGGAGGAACGUUCGCUGCUGGUGAAUUGACGCAAACCACGACUGCCACUGGGCAUUAGCUCCCUGACUGCGGAAACCGCACUUAUUUAUUUUUAGGGGUUGCUUUUAAAAACCGGUGCCCUUCCGCGCCCUGAGGGACCGGACCACCGCGUCGGACACUGGGGUGGGUUAAAUAAACAGGAGAAAUUAA